AUGGGGCCCCUGGGCAAUAGGGGAUCAUGGGGCCCCUGUGUCCUUGCCCAAACUCAAAAAAGCCUAUGAAAAAAGGUACCAGGGGCAUCUCAUGGGGCCCCCUACUGCCCCCGGGCCCUCGGCCAGUUUCCAAAUGGUCAGUCCGCUGGUGCCUGUACCCAGAAAAGGCCAGCGAUGUACAGGGGCGGACUGACAACUCAUGGGGCCCCCGGGCAAUAGGGGAUCAUGGGGCCCCUGUGUCCUUGCCCAAACUCAAAAAAGCCUAUGAAAAAGGUACCAAGGGCAUCUCAUGGGGCCCCCUACUGACCCCGGGCAGUGCCUGAGUUUCCAAAUGGUCAGUCCGCCCCUG